GUGGCAACCGCGGUGCUGUGUGGCCCAGCAGGGAGUUUGAGGAAGGACGUGUGACCGCGGUCCUCAUCUCACCUCCCGGUCCUCGCCCAGCCAUGGCGAGCGGCCCCGGGGACGUGCGCAAGCUCUUCCUGUUCACCACCACCCAGAAUUACUUCGGGCUGAAGCCGGAGUUCUGGGACCAGCCCCCGCUCUGCAACUGCCCCGAGAUGAACAACUUCCUGGACGAUGGGAACCAGAUGCUGCUACGGGUGCAGCGCUCCGACGCCGGGCUCACCUUUUCCAAUACGAUUGAUUUUGAUGAUACGAAAGAUAAAGUGCUGGUGUUCUUCAAGCUCCGUCCUGAAGUGAUCACAGAUGAGAAUCUGCACAGCAGCAUUCUUAUUUCAUCUAUGCUGGAGUCGCCCAUUAGCUCCCUCUACCAAGCAGUGCGGCAGGUGUUCGCCCCCAUGUUGUUAAAGGACCAGGAGUGGAGCAGAAACUUUGAUCCUAAACUCCAGAAUCUCUUGAGUGAACUAGAAGCUGGUUUGGGUGUAGUUCUUCGAAGGUCAGACACUAACUUGCCCAAGCUGAAGGAAGAUGAUAUAAGAGGUAUCCUCACACCAAGUGAUGAGUUCCAGUUUUGGAUAGAACAAGCUCAUGGUGGAAAUAAGCAGAUUAGCAAAGAAAGAGCCAGCUAUUUUAAAGAACUAUUUGAAACGAUUGCAAGGGACUUUUAUAACUUGGACAGUCUGUCCUUAUUAGAAGUUGUUGACUUGGUGGAGACGACUCGUGAUGUAGUAGAUGACGUGUGGAGGCAAACGGAACAUGACCAUUACCCCGAAUCCCGAAUGCUGCAUCUCUUAGAGAUCAUAGGUGGCUCAUUUGGAAGGUUUGUUCAGAAAAAACUGGGAACUUUGAACCUAUGGGAAGAUCCUUAUUAUCUUGUGAAAGAAAAUCUGAAAGCUGGCAGUUCAGUGUGUGAACAGUGGGUGAUAGUUUGCAGUCACCUGACAGGCCAGGUGUGGCAGCGCUACGUCCCUCACCCAUGGCAAAAUGAGCAAUACUUCCCAGAAACUCUCGACAGACUUGGCAAGCGCCUUGAGGAGGUCUUGGCUGUUCGAACAAUUCAUGAGAAACUUCUGUAUUUUCUACCUGCCAAUGAGGAGAAAAUCAUGUGCCUGUCUCGAGUAUUUGAACCUUUUACUGGUUUGAAUCCUGUGCAAUAUAAUUCAUAUACCGAGCCAUUAUGGAAGGCUGCAGUGUCUCAGUAUGAAAAAAUCAUUGCACCUACAGAACAGAAAAUUGCAGGAAAAUUAAAGAAUUAUAUUUCAGAAAUUCAAGAUAGUCCCCAGCAGAGCAUUCAAGCAUUUCUGAAAUACAAAGAGUUGGUGAAGCGUCCAACUAUAAGCAAAGAAUUGAUGUUAGAAAGAGAAACUUUAUUGGCAAGACUUGUGGACUCAGUUAAAGAUUUUAGAUUGGACUUUGAAAAUCGGUGCCGAGGAAUUCCUGGUGAUGCAUCUGGACCCCUUUCUGGCAGAAAUCUUUCAGAAGUUGUCAAUAAUAUUGUUUGGGUUCGCCAGUUGGAGUUGAAGGUAGAUGAUACCAUGAAGAUUGCAGAGGCUCUUCUGUCUGACCUGUCAGGAUUUCGGUCUUUCCAUCGAAAUGCUGAAGAUCUCUUGGACCAGUUUAAACUGUAUGAACAAGAACAGUUUGAUGACUGGUCCAGGGAAGUUCAGUCAGGGUUGUCAGAUUCCAGAUCCGGUUUAUGUAUUGAGGCUAACAGCCAAAUUAUGGAGUUGGUUCCUACUGAUGGGUCAUUAAAAGUGCAUUAUUCUGAUCGCUUGGUGAUUCUUCUGAGAGAAGUUCGACAGCUUUCUGCUCUGGGCUUUGUUAUUCCUGCCAAAAUACAGCAGGUUGCAAACAUUGCACAGAAGUUCUGCAAGCAAGCAAUUAUUCUUAAACAGGUGGCACAUUUUUACAAUUCUAUUGAUCAACAGAUGAUUCAAAGUCAGAGGCCAAUGAUGCUGCAGUCUGCCUUAGCAUUUGAACGGAUAAUUAAGAAUUCAAAAGCUGGAAGUGGAGGCAGGUCACAAAUUACUUGGGAUAAUCCUAAAGAAUUAGAAGGCUAUAUCCAAAAACUCCAAAAUGCCGCUGAACGACUUGCCACUGAAAACAGAAAACUGAGGAAGUGGCACACUACAUUUUGUGAAAAGGUGGUUACUCUUAUGAACAUUGAUCUGCUUCGCCAGCAGCAGCGUUGGAAAGAUGGUUUACAAGAAUUGAGAACUGGCUUAGCAAGUGUGACGGCCCAGGGCUUCCAGGCCAGCGACAUGCACGCGUGGAAGCAGCACUGGAACCACCAGCUCUACAAAGCCCUGGAGCACCAGUAUCAGAUGGGCCUCGAGGCGCUGAAUGAGAACCUUCCAGAGAUAAAUGUAGACUUGACUUACAAACAGGGGCGGUUGCAGUUUAGGCCGCCUUUGGAAGAAAUCCGAGCUAAAUACUACAGAGAAAUGAAGAGGUUCAUUGGCAUUCCUAAUCAGUUCAAGGGAGUGGGAGACGCAGGACAUGAGUCCAUAUUCUCUGUUAUGAUUGAUAGAAACGCAAGUGGAUUUCUGACUAUUUACAGCAAAGCAGAAGACCUGUUUAGAAGAUUGUUGGCCGUUUUACAUCAACAUAAGGAGUGGAUUAUAAUUGGACAAGUUGAUAUGGAGGCUCUGGUUGAAAAGCAUCUUUUUACUGUACAAGACUGGGAGAAAAAUUUUAAAGCAUUGAAAAUAAAAGGGAAAGAAGUUGAACGGCUUCCCAGUGCUAUCAAGGUGGACUGUUUGAACAUCAACUGCAUUCCUGUGAAGACCGUGAUUGAUGACCUCAUCCAGAAGCUAUUUGACCUGCUGGUUCUUUCGUUGAAGAAAUCCAUCCAAACUCAUAUACAUGAUAUUGAUACAUUUGUUACUGAGGCUAUGAAAAUCUUAAUAGUUAUUCCUCAGUCCGUGGAAGAAAUAGGUUAUGCAAAUUUACAGUACAGUAACCUGCAGGAACGGAAGCCAGAGAUUUUGCCCUUGUUUCAAGAAGCUGAAGAUAAAAACAGACUUUUACGAACUGUGGCAGGUGGAGGGUUAGAAUCGAUUAGUAAUCUGAAAGCCAAGUGGGAUAAAUUUGAGUUAAUGAUGGAAAGUCACCAGCUUAUGAUUAAAGAUCAGAUUGAAGUGAUGAAAGGAAAUGUUAAGUCACGUCUUCAGAUCUAUUAUCAAGAACUGGAAAAAUUUAAAGCUCGUUGGGACCAGCUGAAGCCUGGUGAUGAUGUUAUUGAAACUGCCCAGCAGAAUAUUCUUGAUCAAAGUGCACAAUCUAUAAAGGAGAAAAAGAUUGAAUUUGAUGACCUUGAAGUCAUAAGGAAAAAGCUGGUUGAUGAUUGCCAUCAUUUUGGACUAGAGGAACCUAACUUCUCCCUGGCAUACAGCAUCUCUAAGGACAUCGAGAGCUGUGCACAGAUUUGGGCCCUUUAUGAGGAGUUCCAGCAAGGAUUUCAGGAAAUGGCCAGUGAAGAUUGGAUUACUUUUCGGACUAAGACCUAUAUGUUUGAGGAAUUUUUGAUAGACUGGCAUGACAGGUUAAGGAAGACUGAAGAGCAUUCAGUUAUGACAGUGAAGCUGCAGUCAGAAGUUGACAGAUACAAAACUGCAGUUCCUAUCCUGAAGUAUGUGAGAGGGGAGCAUCUUUCUCCAGACCACUGGCUUGACCUUUUUCGUCUGCUUGGCCUUCCCAGAGGGACUAGCCUAGAGAAAUUGCUGUUUGGUGACCUGCUCCAAGUAGCUGAUACAAUUGUAGACAGAGCUUCAGACCUUAAAGACUUAAAUAGUCGAGCACAAGGUGAAGUUACCAUCAGAGAAGCAUUGCGUGAACUUGACCUGUGGGGAGUUGGAGCAGUGUUCUCACUGGUUGAUUAUGAAGAUAGCCAAGGUCGCACCGUCAAGUUGAUUAAAGACUGGAAAGAUAUAGUGAACCAGGUUGGAGAUAAUCGAUGCCUUCUUCAGUCCUUAAAGGAUUCUCCAUAUUAUAAAGGUUUUGAAGAUAAAGUGUCAGUUUGGGAAAGGAAACUUGCACAGUUAGACGAGUACCUGCAGAACUUAAAUCAUAUUCAGAGGAAGUGGGUUUAUUUGGAACCUAUUUUUGGCCGUGGAGCAUUGCCAAAAGAACAGACACGCUUUAACAGAGUUGAUGAAGAUUUUCGAUCCAUAAUGAUUGACAUCAAGAAAGACAAUAGAGUGACAACGUUGACAACUCAUGCAGGGAUCAGGAAUGCUCUCCUCACAAUCCUUGAUCAGCUUCAAAGAUGUCAAAAAUCGUUAAAUGAAUUUUUGGAGGAAAAACGGUCAGCAUUCCCAAGAUUUUACUUUAUUGGUGAUGAUGACUUGUUAGAAAUCCUGGGCCAGUCUACUAACCCUUCAGUGAUUCAGUCUCACCUGAAGAAGAUGUUUGCUGGCAUUAACAGUGUCUGCUUUGAUGAAGAGUUGAAAUACAUAACUGCAAUGAAAUCCUUAGAGGGAGAAGUUGUUCCUUUAAAAAAUAAAGUUCUUCUAUCAAAUAAUGUAGAGGCUUGGUUGAAUGAUUUGGCCUUGGAAAUGAGGCAAACUUUGAAACAGUUGUUGAAAGAAUGUAUUACUGCUGGACGAAGUUCACAGGGUGCCAUUGACCCUUCUCUGUUCCCUUCACAGAUACUAUGCUUAGCAGAGCAGAUUAAAUUUACUGAAGAUAUAGAAAAUGCCAUCAAAGAUCAUAGUCUUCAUCAUAUUGAAACACAGCUUGUCAAUAAGUUAGAACACUAUACCAAUGUUGAUACCGGUUCUGAGGACCCAGGAAAUGCUGAAUCAGGCAUUCUGGAACUUAAACUUAAAGCACUAAUCCUUGACAUUAUUCAUAAUAUUGAUGUUGUGAAGCAAUUAAACCAAGUUCAAGUUCACACAAUUGAAGACUGGGCUUGGAAGAAACAAGUUCGAUUUUAUAUGAAAAGUGACUAUAUGUGUUAUGUUCAGAUGGUGGAUUCCGAACUUCAGUACACUUACGAAUACCAGGGGAACGCUCCCAAGCUGGUUUACACGCCACUGACAGACAAAUGCUACCUCACUCUCACGCAAGCCAUGAAGAUGGGCCUUGGAGGAAAUCCUUAUGGACCUGCUGGAACUGGAAAGACGGAAUCAGUAAAGGCAUUAGGGGGACUUCUUGGAAGACAAGUCUUAGUUUUUAAUUGUGAUGAGGGCAUUGAUGUGAAGUCAAUGGGCCGAAUAUUUGUUGGCUUGGUAAAGUGUGGGGCCUGGGGUUGCUUCGAUGAAUUUAAUCGAUUGGAAGAAGCUGUCCUCUCAGCAGUGUCUAUGCAAAUACAGACCAUUCAGGAUGCCUUGAAGAAUCACAGACCUGUAUGUGAGCUGCUUGGCAAAGAGGUAGAAAUAAAUUCUAAUUCUGGAAUUUUUAUCACCAUGAAUCCUGCUGGAAAAGGUUAUGGAGGAAGACAGAAACUUCCAGAUAACCUUAAGCAGCUUUUCAGACCAGUGGCUAUGUCUCGUCCAGACAAUGAACUCAUUGGAGAAGUGAUUCUGUAUUCAGAAGGUUUCAAAGAUGCUAAGGAGUUGGGAAGAAAAUUGGUCUCUCUUUUCAACCUGUCGAGGGAACUUUUGACACCUCAGCAGCAUUACGAUUGGGGGCUGAGAGCUUUGAAGACAGUUCUGAGAGGGAGUGGGAAUCUUCUCCGACAGCUGAAGAAGAAUGGCACUAAACAGGAUGCUAAUGAAAGUCAUAUUGUGGUCCAAGCAUUGAGGCUUAAUACAAUGUCAAAGUUGACAUUUACUGACUGCACCCGCUUUGAUGCACUGAUUAAAGAUGUCUUUCCUGGAAUUGACUUUAAGGAAGUAGAGUACAAUGAACUCAGUACUGCCUUACAGCAAGUCUUUGAGGAGGCCAGUUAUGAAAUCAUACCCAGUCAGAUCAAGAAGGCUUUAGAAUUGUAUGAACAGUUAUGCCAGCGGAUGGGAGUUGUUAUCGUUGGUCCAAGUGGUGCUGGCAAAUCUACCCUCUGGAGAAUGUUAAGGGCAGCACUUUGUAAAGUUGGCAAAGUAGUAAAACAAUAUACUAUGAACCCUAAAGCUAUGCCUAGGCAUCAAUUAUUAGGCCAUAUUGACAUGGAUACAAGAGAAUGGUCUGAUGGUGUUUUGACAAAUAGUGCUCGCCAAGUAGUUCGUGAACCUCAAGAUGUUAGCUCAUGGAUCGUCUGUGAUGGUGAUAUUGACCCAGAAUGGAUAGAGUCUCUGAAUUCUGUUCUGGAUGAUAACCGGCUGCUCACUAUGCCCAGUGGAGAAAGGAUUCAGUUUGGUCCAAAUGUUAACUUUGUAUUUGAAACUCAUGAUUUAAGUUGUGCAUCACCAGCCACAAUAUCUAGGAUGGGAAUGAUAUUUCUUAGUGAUGAAGAGACAGAUAUUAAUUCUCUGGUAAAAUCUUGGCUGAGGAAUCAGCCUGCUGAAUGCAGAAGUAAUCUUGAAAAUUGGAUUGGAGAUUAUUUUUCAAAGGCUUUACAGUGGGUUUUAAAGCAGAAUGACUAUGUGGUAGAAACAAGUUUGGUUGGGAUGGUGAUGAAUGGUUUAUCUCACCUGCAUGGAUGCAGAGAUCAUGACCAGUUUAUUAUUAGUCUCAUAAGAGGUCUGGGUGGAAAUCUGAAUAUGAAAUCACGCCUGGAAUUUACCAAGGAGGUGUUUAAUUGGGCACAAGAAUCUCCUCCAGACCCUCACAAGCCAAUGGACACUUACUAUGACGCAGACAGGGGGCUGCUAGCAUCGUAUGUGCUGAAGAAGCCAGAAAACCUGACUGCUGAUGACUUCAGUAAUGGCCAAACUCUUCCAGUUAUUCAAACUCCUGAUAUGCAGCGAGGUCUAGAUUAUUUCAAACCAUGGUUAAGUUCUGACACUAAGCAGCCAUUUCUUCUCAUAGGACCAGAAGGAUGUGGCAAAGGGAUGCUGCUCAGGUUCGCCUUCUCUCAGCUCCGCUCCACGGAGAUUGUCACCAUUCACUGCAGUGCUCAGACUACAUCUCGGCAUCUUCUGCAGAAACUGAACCAAACUUGCAUGGUGAUCAGCACUAAUACUGGUCGUGUAUACAGACCAAAGGAUUGUGAAAGACUUGUUUUGUACUUAAAAGACAUCAAUCUGCCCAAGCUUGAUAAGUGGGGGACCAGCACCUUGGUAGCUUUCCUGCAGCAGGUGUUGACAUAUCAAGGAUUUUAUGAUGAAAACUUGGAAUGGGUUGGCCUGGAGAAUAUUCAAAUUGUAGCUUCUAUGUCAGCAGGAACAAGACUGGGAAGACACAAGCUGACCACCAGAUUUACUUCUAUUGUUCGUCUUUGUGCUGUAGAUUACCCUGAAAGAGAACAAUUACAGACCAUCUAUGGAGCAUAUUUGGAAGCAGUUCUGCAUAAAAAUCUGAAGGAUCAUUCUGUUUGGAGUUCUUCGUCAAAAAUCUGCCUCUUAGCGGGUUCUAUGGUACAGGUGUAUGAACAGGUGCGGGCCAAGUUCACAGCUGAUGAUUAUAGUCACUAUUUCUUUACGCCUUGCAUUCUUACCCAGUGGGUUCUUGGCUUAUUCAGAUAUGAUUUAGAAGGAGGAUCCUCAAAUCAUCCGUUAGAUUACGUACUGGAAAUUGUAGCCUAUGAAGCCCGGCGCUUGUUUCGGGACAAAAUCGUUAGUGUGAAAGAACUUCAUCUGUUUGACAGCAUUUUAACAACAGUGUUUCAAGGAGACUGGGGCUCAGAUAUACUAGACAAUAUGGCAGAUACUUUCUAUGUUACGUGGGGAGCCCGACAUACUUCAGGAACAAAUGCAGCUCCGGGACAACGAUUACCUCCACAUGGAAAACCACUUGGCAAACUGAACUCUGCAGAUCUCAAGGAUGUUAUUAAAAAGGGUCUUAUUCAUUAUGGACGAGAUAACCAGAAUUUAGAUAUUUUGCUUUUCCAAGAAGUUCUGGAAUACAUGUCUAGGAUAGACAGAGUGCUGAGUUUCCCUGGAGGCUCUCUUCUGUUAGCCGGACGCAGUGGUGUGGGUCGGAGGACUGUCACAUCUUUAGUCAGUCAUAUGCAUGGAGCUGUGCUGUUCUCCCCGAAGAUUUCCAGAGGCUAUGAACCUAAACAGUUCAAGAAUGAUCUCAAACAUGUUCUGCAUCUUGCGGGAAUUGACGCCCAGCAGGUCGUCCUGCUGCUGGAGGACUACCAGUUUGUGCACCCCACAUUUCUGGAGAUGAUCAACAGCCUUCUGUCCUCAGGUGAGGUUCCUGGACUCUACACGCUCGAGGAACUGGAGCCCUUGCUGCUGCCUCUGAAAGAUGAAGCUUCCCAGGAUGGCUUUUUUGGAUCAGUCUUCAAUUACUUCACAUACAGAAUUCAGCAAAACUUACAUAUUGUCUUGAUUAUGGAUUCUGCGAAUUUGAACUUCAUAAUAAACUGUGAGAGCAAUCCUGCUUUGCAUAAAAAAUGCCAGGUGCUGUGGAUGGAAGGCUGGUCAGACAGCAGUAUGAAGAAAAUACCUGAAAUGUUAUUCAGUGAAACAAAUGGUGAAGAAAAAUAUGACAAGAAAAGAAAAGAAGAAAAGAAAAAAAAUUCAGUUGAUCCUGACUUUCUAAAAUCAUUCUUGCUAAUCCAUGAGUCUUGUAAAGCAUAUGGUGCCACCCCUAGCCGGUACAUGACUUUCCUACAUGUGUAUUCUGCCAUCAGCAGCAGCAAGAAGGAGGAAUUACUGAAAAGACAGAACCAUUUACAGGCCGGUGUGUCUAAACUAAAUGAAGCUAAAGCUCUUGUGGAUGAGCUGAACAGAAAAGCUGGUGAACAAAGCAUAUUACUUAAAAUGAAGCAGGACGAGGCGGACGCUGCCCUUCAGGAGAUCACAGUGUCAAUGCAGGAUGCUAGUGAACAGAAGACAGAACUUGAAAGACUGAAGCAGAAAAUAGCAGAAGAAGUUGUUAAAAUUGAAGAAAGAAAAAGUAAAAUUGAUGAUGAAUUAAAAGAAGUACAGCCUCUGGUUAAUGAAGCUAAGCUAGCAGUUGGAAACAUUAGACCAGAAUCUCUUUCUGAAAUUCGCUCACUCCGUAUGCCACCAGAUGUUAUCCGAGACAUUCUUGAAGGAGUUUUGAGAUUAAUGGGUAUCUUUGAUACGUCUUGGGUAAGCAUGAAAAGUUUCCUUGCCAAAAGGGGUAUCAGAGAAGACAUCGCAACUUUUGAUGCACGGAACAUUCCAAAGGAAAUAAGAGAGAGUGUUGAGGAACUUCUCUUUAAAAAUAAGGCUUCUUUUGAUCCAAAGAAUGCUAAGCGUGCCAGCACUGCGGCCGCACCUUUGGCUGCCUGGGUUAAAGCCAAUGUGCAGUAUUCCCACGUCUUGGAGCGGAUCCAGCCUCUGGAAACUGAACAGUCAGGAUUAGAAUCAAAUUUGAAGAAAACCGAAGACAGAAAGCAAAAGCUAGAGGAUCUUCUUAAUUCUGUUGGUCAAAAGGUAUCAGAACUCAAAGAGAAAUUUCAGAGCAGGACGUCAGAAGCCACCAAACUUGAAGCUGAAGUCAGCAGAGCACAGGAGACCAUUAGAGCUGCAGAGGUCUUAAUCAGUCAGCUUGACAGGGAGCACAAGAGGUGGAAUGCCCAGGUUGCAGAGAUAUCUGAGGAGCUGGCUACUCUCCCUAAGAGAGCUCAGCUGGCUGCUGCAUUUAUAACGUACCUCUCCGCGGCUCCGGAGUGCCUCCGAAAGACCUACUUGGAAGAAUGGACCAAGUCUGCAGGGCUUGACAAAUUUGAUCUAAGGAGAUUUCUUUGUACUGAAAGUGAGCAGUUAAUUUGGAAAAGUGAAGGCUUACCAUCAGAUGACCUUUCCAUAGAAAACGCUCUUGUGAUCUUACAGAUCAUUGGUUUGAAGUCAUGGAGCCGAGUGUGCCCAUUCCUUAUAGAUCCAUCUUCCCAAGCAACAAAAUGGUUAAAGACGCAUCUGAAGGACUCGCGUUUGGAAGUCAUAAAUCAACAGGAUAGUAACUUCAUCACAGCUCUGGAGUUGGCAGUGCGUUUUGGGAAAACACUCAUCAUACAAGAGAUGGAUGGUGUAGAGCCUGUGCUUUAUCCACUACUGAGACGAGACCUGGUAGCUCAAGGACCACGUUACGUGGUACAAAUAGGUGAUAAAAUUAUUGACUACAAUGAAGAUUUCCGUCUUUUUUUAUCAACAAGAAACCCAAAUCCCUUCAUUCCACCUGAUGCAGCAUCCAUCGUGACCGAGGUGAACUUUACCACAACAAGAAGUGGACUACGAGGGCAGCUUUUGGCUUUAACCAUUCAACACGAAAAACCUGAUCUAGAAGAACAGAAAACAAAACUAUUACACCAGGAAGAAGAGAAGAAAAUCCAACUAGCCAAACUUGAGGAGUCGCUUUUAGAGACACUUGCCACAUCCCAAGGCAAUAUUUUAGAAAAUAAGGAUUUGAUUGAAUCUUUGAAUCAGACCAAAGCAAGCAGUGCCCUUAUUCAAGACUCUCUUAAAGAAUCUCACAAACUCCAGAUUUCCCUUGAUCAGGAGCGGGAUGCCUAUCUCCCUCUGGCUGAGAGUGCCAGCAAGAUGUACUUCAUCAUCUCUGACUUGUCCAAGAUCAAUAACAUGUACCGCUUUAGCUUGGCUUCAUUUCUGAGACUUUUCCAGCGAGCUCUACAGAACAAACAGGAUUCUGAAAAUACAGAACAGAGAAUUCAGUGUCUUAUCAACUCAUUAAAGCAUAUGGUUUAUGAAUACAUAUGCCGAUGUCUGUUUAAGGCUGACCAGUUGAUGUUUGCUCUGCAUUUUGUUCGAGGCAUGCAUCCUGAACUUUUUCAAGAAAAUGAAUGGGACACAUUCACAGGUGUGGUUGUUGGAGACAUGUUGCGGAAAGCUGACUCUCAACAAAGAAUACGUGAUCAGCUUCCAUCUUGGAUAGAUCAGGAAAGAAGCUGGGCUAUGGCAACGCUGAAGAUUGCUCUCCCUGGUCUCUACCAGACCCUCUGCUUUGAAGAUGCAGCGCUUUGGCGUACUUACUAUGGUCACUCAAUGUGUGAGCAAGAGUUUCCAUCUAUUCUUGCAAAGAAGGUUUCUUUAUUUCAGCAGGUGCUUGUCGUUCAGGCUCUGCGGCCAGACAGACUGCAGAGUGCCAUGGCUCUGUUCGCCUGUAGGACUCUGGGACUGAAAGAGUUGUCUCCGCCUCCUCUGAAUCUCAAACGUUUAUACAAAGAGACACUAGAAAUAGAGCCCAUUCUGAUAAUAAUUUCCCCGGGAGCUGACCCUUCCCAGGAACUUCAAGAGCUUGCCAGUGCUGAACGAAGUGGAGAGUCUUAUCACCAGGUUGCCAUGGGUCAGGGUCAAGCUGACUUAGCCAUUCAGAUGCUGAGGGAGUGUGCACACCGCGGGGCCUGGCUGUGCCUGAAGAACCUGCAUCUUGUGGUAUCCUGGCUUCCCGUUCUGGAAAAGGAAUUGAAUGUUCUUCAACCUAAAGAGACCUUUCGUCUUUGGCUCACUGCAGAAGUUCAUCCCAAUUUCACUCCUAUCUUACUGCAGUCAAGUUUGAAGAUAACAUAUGAGUCACCUCCAGGUUUGAAGAAGAAUUUAAUGCGUACUUAUGAGUCUUGGACGCCUGAGCAAAUUAGUAAAAAAGAUAACCUGCAGCGAGCUCAUGCUCUUUUUAGUUUUGCAUGGUUUCAUGCUGCUUGUCAAGAAAGAAGAAACUAUAUUCCACAGGGUUGGACCAAGUUUUAUGAGUUUUCCUUAUCAGAUCUCCGGGCUGGGUACAACAUCAUUGACAGACUCUUUGAUGGUACCAAAGAUGUGCAAUGGGAAUUUGUGCAUGGCUUAUUUGAAAAUGCUAUUUAUGGAGGACGUGUGGAUAACUACUUUGACCUUAGAGUCCUCCAGUCAUACUUGAAGCAGUUUUUUAAUUCUUCAGUGAUUGAUGUGCUAAACCAAAGGAACAAGAAAAGCGUUUUUCCACAUUCCAUAUCUCUCCCAAACUCCUGCAGCAUUUCGGACUACCGUGCUGUCAUUGAAACGCUUCCAGAGGAUGACAAGCCUGGUUUCUUUGGUCUGUCAGCCAAUAUUGCCCGCUCAUCUCAGCGCAUGAUCAGUUCUCAGGUGAUUUCCCAGCUGAGGAUCUUGAGCAGAUCAGUAACAGCUGGUUGCAAGUUUGAUCGAGAAAUCUGGUCAAAUGAGCUUUCUCCUGUCCUCAAUCUCUGGAAAAAAUUAAACCAGAACUCAAACCUGAUUCAUCAGAAAGUGUCUCCUCCUGAUGAUCGACAAGGAUCUCCAAUAUUGUCAUUCAUCAUUCUUGAACAGUUCAAUGCCAUCCGUUUAGUGCAGAGUGUUCAUCAGUCCCUUGCUGCUCUCAGCAAAGUCAUCAGAGGAACUACCUUACUGAGUUCAGAAGUACAAAAAUUGGCAAGUGCUUUAUUAAACCAGAAGUGUCCUCUCACAUGGCAGAGCAAGUGGGAAGGCCCAGAAGACCCCCUUCAGUACCUGAGGGGUCUGGUAGCUCGCACUCUCGCAAUUCAGAGCUGGAUAGAUAAAGCCGAAAAGCAAUCGCUUCUCUCUGACACACUUGACCUGUCUGAACUCUUCCAUCCAGAUACAUUCCUCAAUGCUCUUCGCCAGGAAACUGCAAGGGCAAUGAGCUGUUCUGUGGACAGUCUUAAAUUUGUGGCCUCCUGGAAAGGUCGACUUCAAGAGGCAAAGCUGCAAAUUAAGAUCAGUGGCUUGUUACUGGAAGGAUGCAGUUUUGAUGGCAGUCGGCUUUCAGAAAACCAGCACGAUUCCCCCAGCGUGUCCUCGGUGCCCUCUUGCUACAUGGGCUGGAUUCCACAGGCAGCCUAUGGUCCGUACUCCCCGGAUGAGUGCAUCUCUCUACCAGUUUACACCAGUGCAGAAAGGGACUGUGUGGUGACCAACAUUGAUGUUCCCUGCGGUGGCAACCAAGACCAGUGGAUUCAGUGUGGAGCAGCUCUGUUCCUUAAAAACCAGUAGAUCUGAGGCCACACAGAACAGCUUAGCAAAGUGACAGUUCCUGCUCAAGUUUACAUAGAGCACUUUGUCAGUCUGCAUUUAAAAUGUCAGCUCAUAGUGUUAGCAGUUAGUUUUCUGGUUGGUGAUCUCUUUGGGUUUUGUUUUAAUGUGUAAUAACACAGCACCUUUUUAAAGUAAUAAUUUAAUGUUUAAGUAGAGUAUUUGAUGGCAUUAAACAUUCCUAUGAGGAAAUUCACUUUUCCAGUGGCUCAAAAAUAUAUUUUAAACAAGAUUUAAAAUGCUGUAUUGUAAGGAAUUGGCAAUAUUUUGGUUAUCAUUUUGUAUGAUUUAAUAAAAUAUAAGAUCAUAAUAA